AGUCCGUGGAGCGGGAUGUGCGAGAGCUACUCGCGGUCGCUGCUGCGGGUGUCGGUGGCGCAGAUCUGCCAGGCGCUGGGCUGGGACUCGGUGCAGCUCAGCGCCUGCCACCUCCUCACGGACGUCCUGCAGCGGUACCUGCAGCAGCUGGGCCGAGGCUGCCAUCGCUACUCAGAGCUGUAUGGCCGGACAGACCCAAUUUUGGAUGAUGUUAGUGAAGCCUUCCAACUUAUGGGGGUCAAUCUUCACGAAUUAGAAGAUUAUAUUCAUAAUAUUGAACCUGUCACUUUUCCACAUCAAAUUCCUUCAUUUCCUGUCAGCAAGAACAAUGUACUUCAAUUUCCUCAACCCGGGAGUAAAGAUGCAGAAGAAAGAAAAGAAUAUAUUCCUGAUUAUAUGCCACCUAUUGUCUCUUCUCAGGAAGAGGAAGAAGAGGAGCAGGUACCUACAGAUGGGGGCACAUCAGCAGAAGCCAUGCAAGUUCCUUUGGAAGAAGAAGGAGAGAUGGAGGAGGAUGAGACCAUUAAUGAUGAGAAUUUCUUGAGCAAGAGACCAUUGGAUAGUCCUGAAGCUGAAGAAAUGCCUGCCAUGAAACGACCACGGCUGGCAAGUACCAAAGGGGACACCCUUGAUGUAAUUUUGGAACCACGAGAACCACUUAGUUCAAUAAAUACUCAAAAGGUUCCACCAAUGCUAUCUCCAGUUCAUGUUCAAGACAGUGCAGACUUAGCCCCUCCCUCACCAGAACCACCAAUGUUGGCUCCAGUUGCAAAAUCACAGAUGCCAACUCCAAAAACAUUAGAAACAAAAACAUUAACACCCAAAACCAAGGCCAAAACUAGCUCUCCUGGACAAAAGAUAAAAUCACCUAAAACCUCUCAAUCACCAGCAAUGGUUGGAAGUCCUAUUCGUUCACCAAAAACUGUCUCCAAAGAGAAAAAAUCACCUGGACGUGCUAAGAGUCCCAAGAGUCCCAAGAGCCCCAAAGCUCUAAUUCAUACUUCUCAAGCACCAGUCAAAGCUGAAACACCAAACAGAACUCCUUUGGCUGCAUUAAGUGACAAAUUUGGUAAAGAAAAUAUCCAAGUAAAACAAACUCAAACACCUCCUGAUUCUGGGAAACUGAACAAUGAGAAUCAAUCUAAGAAGGUUGUUGUAACUGAUAAAACUAUUGAUGACUCCAUUGAUGCUGUGAUUGCGCGAGCUUGUGCUGAACGUGAACCAGAUCCCUUUGAAUUUUCCUCAGGUUCAGAAUCAGAAGGAGAAAUUUUUACUAGCCCUAAAAGGAUUUCUGUUUCAGAGACUACUACUCCCAAAGCCUCAGUAUCUUCCAACAGUUUCAAUAAGGCUGGAUCCACCCCUAUCCCUCCUUCAGGGGGAACUUCAAGCUCAGAUAUUUCAUGGACAAUGGAUGAUUCCAUUGAUGAGGUUAUUCGGAAAGCAAACAUGGGAACUCCUUCCAAUAUCCCCACCAAUUAUCCAUACUUCUCUUCUCCUUCUGCUUCUCCCCCUACCCCAGAACCUCUUCUCAAAGUAUAUGAAGAGAAAACCAAACUGGCUUCAUCAGUGGAAGUGAAAAAAAAAUUGAAAAAGGAGCUUAGGACAAAAAUGAGAAAGAAAGAAAAACAGAAAGAGAGAGACAAGGAGAAAGAGAAGGAGAAAGAAAAGAGCAGGGAGAAAAGCAAAGAGAAAGAAAAAAUCAAAGAGAAAGAGAAAGAAGUCAACCGGGAAACAAAAUUUCCUUGGAAGGACCUUAUUAAAGAUGAGGACUCAGAUCCCUACAAAUUCAAAAUAAAAGACUUUGAUGAUGAUGCAAAAGUGAGGUUGAAGGAUGGCAUCAUGAAGAGGGAGAAAGAGAAGCACAAAGAUAAAAAGAAAGAAAAAGAAAAAGGCAAAAAAGAGAAAGAGAAGAAGGAGAAAGAGAAAGUGAAAGAUAAAGGAAAGGAAGAUAAGAUAAAAGCUCCAUCAACUCCACUUGUAUUACCUCCUAAAGAAAUGGCUUUGCCCAUGUUCAGUCCUGCAACAGCAAUGAGACUGCCAUCGAUGCUGCCUUCCUUGUCCCCAAUUCUUCCUGAAAAGUUGUUUGAGGAAAAAGAAAAGCCUAAAGAGAAAGAUAAGAAGAAAGACAAAAAGGAGAAGAAGAAAAAGAAGGAGAAGGAAAAGGAAAAGGAGAAGAAAGAGAAGGAAAAAGAAAAAAAAGAAAAGGAGAAAAAAGAAAAAGAAAAGGAGAAACACAAACAUGAAAAGAUAAAAGUAGAACCAGUUGUUCCAGCCCCAUCACCAGUUAUUCCCCGACUGACACUACGAGUAGGUGCUGGCCAAGACAAAAUUGUCAUCAGCAAGGUGGUUCCAGCGCCAGAGGCUAAACCAUCUCCCUCUGUUACUAGACCCAAAUCACCACCACCUGCACCAUCCCCAGCACCUGCACCUGUUCUCAUGACUCCUCCUCCAGUGCCUGUACCACCUCCUCCACAAGCCUCUGUAUCACCUGCUAUGAUUCCUCCACCUUCUCCCGCGAUCAUGGCACCAGGAGGCUCCAAAGCACCUGUUCGUAGUGUUGUGACAGAAACAGUCAGUAACUAUGUGAUCAGAGAUGAAUGGGGCAAUCAGAUCUGGAUCUGUCCUGGGUGUAACAAACCAGAUGACGGCAGUCCAAUGAUUGGCUGUGAUGACUGUGAUGACUGGUACCAUUGGCCCUGUGUUGGAAUAAUGGCUGCACCCCCAGAAGAAAUGCAGUGGUUCUGCCCCAUGUGUGCCAAUAAAAAGAAGGACAAAAAGCAUAAGAAGAGGAAGCACCGAGCACACUGACCUGGCCAUGGCGGGCGCGGCCUUGGCUGCUGAAGGCCAUGUUUGGGCUUAUUUUCUAACGUCUGAAGAGGGAGAUUUUGGUGCCGUUCUUCUAUCUGAGCCACCUUUACGUUAGAGAGAUUAUGAAUCUUGAAUGAUUCAGUAACAAGAAUAAACGGUCCACCGGGGACUGUUAUCUUCUGAAUGUGUUUGGCCCCCAUGGGAUACAUUUUUUCGUAUGAUUGCAAGUUUUCGUCUCCUGAAGACAAACUCAGAUAGAGUGGCAUGAGGGCUAAUUGAGUGGGUGAUCCAUCUUCCACUCUUACAUUUCUACAGUAGCAGUGACAAGUGUUGUAAAUAAAAAAUCAGCUUUCUUCCCUUUUGACUUUCUUUCUCUCCAGAACCUUUUCAUUAAGGUGUUAGAUGAGAGGAUAAUGUGUAAAUGGCUUUGACUGUAAUUUAAGGAGUGAUUUCAUUAGUCUGAAUAUAGUUUUCUGCUUUUUUCUCCGCAUAGUCAAAUAAUCAUAAUAACAUGAAAGAAAAUUCCAGUUGGGAUGCUGGUAAAUAUUUUUGUGAUAAGAAUAUAUGAUUUCCCCUCACCACCACCACAGUUUUUAGUACUUACAUGUAAACAUGUUCAUGCUUUUUGUGAAAUAUCUUAUUUUUUUAAAGAAAGGUUUCUAUUGUGACCAGUUUUCUUUUGUGCAGAUUGUUUUAUGUUAAUUGUAAUAUAUUUUAUAUUUUUGGUUGUUUCAUAAUUUUGUUGAUCUUUAAGCUGCUGGUGUCUCUUCUCAUUGCUUGUACAUUUCAUCAAUUUGUAUAAAAAUACUUCAAAUUAAAAGAUUUCCCUUAAUGUAAAUAUUGAAUAUUUAUGAAGUACUUAUUUUUAAAUUUUUUUAUCGUGUUUAAUUCUAGCUGUCUUUGAAAUCCACUGUGAUUUCAGCCAUGUCUCUAAUUACUGUUUUCCAUGAACCCAAAAGGGGAAAGAACUAUUUUUCAAAAGAACUUAGGUUAAGAAGCAACUGAGCAGCCACCCAAUAGCAUUGUGAAAGAAGAAGGGCCCUAGCAGUUGGAAGAGUAGCAAGGGGAUCGAAAUCUCUAGCAUAUGCUUUAAAAUUGUUUUAUUUGUCAACUUUUGUUUCUGUCCAAUGUUUUUGCUUAAAUUUUAUUAAAAAGGACAUACAGAUUCAUUAAAGGUCAGAAAACCAAUGCUGUAGCAGUUUGUGUUUAUACUGUUUGUUUCUGCAAAUCUGUUAACUGAUUUUAUAAUUUGAGACUAAAGUAUACUGUGAAUAUUUUUAAAAAAGAAAGUCAAAUUGCAGGAUGUCAUAAAACUUUAUUACUGUAUUGAUUAUGGGGUGGUAUUUGAGUGUCUUGGCAGUAAAGCAAAUAAUUUAUUCUAAUGUAGAACAUUGAACUUAAUUUAAACAACAUUUAUGUUUUGGUGACUUUGGAAUAAAGCCAAGGCUUUGUAACUUAAUUUUGAAAUAAUUCUUGGGCUGUGAAGUGAUAAAUAUCUUGAAUUCUAGUAUACAGGAUUUCAACCUGUUACACAAAUAUAACAAAUCUUUUAAAGGUCAAGUUAAUUGAUACUAGGGUAUGAAUUUAUUUAAUUUUUAAAACAUAUAAUCUGUAUAGGGAAAUGAGGUUUUUCUCUCAUGCCUGCUAAAUUGCCAAUCAGUGGAGAUAGAAUUGGCUAAUUUAGAGUACAAUAUUGCAUUUCCCUCUUUGUUUAAUGCUACCCCUAAAGAUUGUUCCAUCCCUGCAAACACCAAACUAAUCUUAUUCACUGAGAAUGUGUUUUGUUUUGUUUUGUUUUGUAUUAAUUUGGGAUCAUUCUAUGUUUUAUUACUUCUUUUUGUAACAUUUUCACACACAUGCAAAUCUACUUAUUAGGCCUUUUUUUUUCCAGUAUGUUUGGGAGAGGGAGGUCAAAUAAAGAUUGUUGGCUGUUUCAUA